GUGUGUGUAUGUGUGUGUGAGUGUGUGUGUUUGAAAUGAGGCUCAAAGAACUCAGGUGAUUGGGGGAGGGUGUCAUAGAGCUGGGCCUGGAGUCAGAAAAAACAGUUCAAAUUUAGCCCCAGACCCAGGCUGUGUGCCCAUGUCCCUAACGUUUUCAGCAUUCACCUUUGUAAGCCUUCGUGUUCUAGCUGUGUAACAAAUAGCUCUUCUGAGCCUCAUAAUCCUGGAAGGGAGGUACCGUAAGUACUUAACUUGCUUGCCUCAGUUUCUCCAUCUGCAAAAUGGAGAUAAUAACAGCGCCUCCCUCCCAGGGUUGUCACCCCACCCCAGUGGGGCACUUGUAAGGUCCUGGUGUCGAAAGGAAGCGGGUGCCUGAGCUGAACUCGGAAGGAGCUGGAGCUCCUCAGAGGGGAGAGUGAGAAGGGAGAUCAGGACGGAGAUAGCUGGAAAGCCACCGACGCAUGGGAAGAGCUAUCUAACCCCCAGCUGUAACUGAGCGCCUGAGUGGCUGCAUCUGAACCCGGGCCCUGACUCCAGAGCUCGCCCCGAACCCUAAGCCCGCGCCGAUCCCCUUGCAGAGAGGGUGCCGUGUAUAUAUCCUCCUUCCCAAGGUACCCACGUCUCUAGGAGGGCAGAGACUCCUUUUAGAUCCUCUCCCCCAGUCCCAGCACGGACUCUGCCGCCGAAUGGACUUGAUUCCUAGAGAAGGAGACUCUGUCCUGGGUUGAUGUCAGGAUCCCUCCCCCACCUGUCCCAGGGGCUGACUUCUGAGGAGCCCGGGUCCCUCGAGGUCCGGUGAGCUCAUCUCGGAGUCGGCGCCAGAGAGCCGCCCGGUAAGAACUAGUUGGGGGCGGGAGGAAGCUGUGGGAUAGAGCAUCUGGAGGAAGCCGGGAUGUGUAAGGGACGGGGGUGUGGAUUUCAGACACUUUCUCCAUUUAAAGGGCCCGGUGAAAUCAUGCUUCUUUUUGGGGCUCCGGUUUGUUCGGUGGGGAGGGGGUGGGGAAGAAAGGUCUGGAACGAGUGGGUGGGGGAUCCAGCUCCUUUAGCCUUCUUUCUAGUGGGGACGGUGAGAAAGACUCUCUCCGCCCCCAGAGGGGUAGGGCUGGGCCGGGCUAAACUAAGACGGCCGGCCCUGGCACCGCCUCCCACGCCCUCUCGAGGGGCAGCAUCCAUCCCCCCCCCAGCACCCCGCCCCACCCGGGCCGCGCCCCUCUCCUUCCUCUCCGCCCCCCUCCAUCCAGGCGUCCACUCCGCCACCUCCCCGCGUCCCCCCCCCCCCAAAGUUCCCGGGAGCAGCUGCAGCCCCUCCCCUCGGGAAAGGGGUGGGGGCUGAGGGCUGGCCCCGAGCGACCCUCGCGCAGAAGUGUUUCCGAGGGCAGCCCUGACCGCGGCUCGGCUAUCCCGUCCACUCCGGCCCGCACGCAUUCCCAACUUGGGAGCCUCUGCAGGCCUGCGCACGCAGCACCCCUCCCUCCUCGGCUCCCCCUCCUCCUCCUCUUCCCAGCUUUGUGACAGCCUCGGGUGAUCGGAACCGCGGAGCAGGGAGAGACCGGGAGAGACCCGGAGAAGGAGGGAGGAGGGGAAAGGGAGACAGCCAGAGAGAGGAAAGCAGGAGAGGAGAGGGAAGGAGCGCAUCGGAAGGGGCUUGCCUCUGCUGCAACCCCAGCCAUCCUCCUCCUGCUGCUGCUGCUGCCGCUGCCGCUGCCGGGCCUGGCUCCGGCCUCGGAUGCCCGGGUGAGCCGCCCGGAGGAGCCUACGGGCCGGAGCCGGGGUCGGGGCGGACCUCGGGCAGCCGCGCUCCCCGCGGAGCGGCCGCAAGUUUGCAAGUUGGGCUAGUUUGGGGCUGGGGGAGGGGGUGGGCAGCGCGCGCAGACCAGGAGGGGAGGGGGAGCCCCCGGCCCCGGCUCCUCUAGACCCAGAUCCCCCGACCCCCUGGCCAUGGAGGACGGCGGCGGGGGCCUCGAGGCGGCGUCCGUGCUGGAGAAGAACGUGGCCGAGCUGACCGUGAUGGACGUGUACGACAUCGCCUCGCUGGUGGGCCACGAGUUCGAGCGGGUCAUCGACCAGCACGGCUGCGAGGCCAUAGGGCGCCUCAUGCCCAAGGUGGUGCGGGUGCUGGAGAUCCUCGAGGUGCUGGUGAGCCGCCACCACGUCAGCCCCGAGCUGGACGAGCUGCGCCUGGAGCUCGACCGCCUCCGCCUCGAGAGGAUGGACCGGAUCGAGAAGGAGAGGAAGCAUCAAAAGGAGCUGGAGCUUGUGGAGGACGUCUGGCGAGGGGAAGCCCAAGACCUUCUCACGCAGAUCGCCCAGCUCCAGGAGGAAAACAAGCAGCUGAUGACCAACCUUUCUCAUAAGGAUAUUAGUUUCUCUGAGGAAGACUUCCAGAAGCAGGAAGGCAUGUCUGAGAGGGAGCGGCAAGUGAUGAAGAAGCUGAAAGAGGUGGUGGACAAGCAGCGGGAUGAGAUCCGGGCUAAGGACCGGGAGCUCGGCCUGAAGAACGAGGAUGUGGAGGCCCUUCAGCAGCAGCAGAGCCGGCUGAUGAAGAUUAACCACGACCUGCGGCAUCGCAUCACUGUGGUGGAGGCGCAGGGCAAGGCGCUGAUCGAGCAGAAGGUGGAGCUGGAGGCGUACCUGCAGACCAAGGAGCAGGAGAUGGGCAGCAUGCGGGCCGAGAUCGGCAAGCUCCGCGAGAAGCUCAAGGGGGAGCCCAGCCAGAACGGAGAGGAGCGGGGCGAGCCAGAGCCGGGGGGUGAGGAGUACGUCCCGGAGUCAGAGAAAGCAGCCAUGGAGAAGGACCCAAACCGCCCCCGCUUCACGCUGCAGGAGCUGCGGGACGUGCUGCACGAGAGGAAUGAGUUGAAAUCGAAGGUGUUUUUCUUGCAAGAAGAGCUCGCCUACUAUAAGAGUGAGGAAGUUGAAGAAGAGACCCGAACACCCCAUCCCACCCCCAUCAUCCACUCCAAAACUUCCCCCCAGCCCGAGUCUGGGAUCAAGAGACUCCAAGAAGGGCCUUUAAGCCACGGGUUUAGUUUCUUCUCUCGAGACAAAAAGCGCCUGGCCACCACACAGAGAAACGUCCACUUCCAGGAGUCCUUCGGCCAGUGGGCGGACUCCCACAGAGAUGACGGCUACACUGAACAGGGGCAGGAAGCCUUACAGCACCUGUGACUUUCACUCUCGUGACCGGCUCGGCUACAUCUACCCCAGAGGGUCAGGGAUCAGGCAGCGGCCAGACCCCAGACCCAUGGCCUCCGCAGCCCCCGCACCCUGGGGCCGGCUGUUUUUUACAGAUGUACUCUCCACCCAGGGACACGGAGACCUGCUGUGUGCUUGGGAGGCUGGACCCCUAAAAACAGACUCCAGGUGCCACAGUAAUCAUCGUUUGUAGGUGGGAUUCAUGCUUUAGACUGGGUGCCCCUGCCACCACCCAUACACACGUAGUCAAGGAUCGAGUGCCCCAGGAGUCUGGGGUCUGGCUUUUGCGCUCACUCUGGUAAUACGGGCUUUUCUAAACCAAAAACACGACGUAUGGCACCCUGAUGGUGGCGAGCACCCACCGGCGCUGGGCCGAGCGUGGUCUGUGGGUACUCUCUGACCCAUCGAGUUUCUGUAAUACGGGGGAGGGGGGACACUGGGAGGUGGUGGCGGCUCGUCCUUAGUUCUGUGGAUGGCACUUUCGAAGUGCAUUUGAUCAGGUUCCCCCGGGCACCUUUAGCACAAGCUCUGGGAGUUGUCUCAGGGUAGCAUUCACCCGUGGACAACAGGACCCUUCGACCUCACGACUGGAGGCAGUCAUGUAAGAAGCCAGGGGGUGGGCGCCGUACCCUGGGAUUUAUAGUGCCUAAAGCAUGUAGAUACUGGUGUACAAGGUGAGUGUGCCUUGGGUUUUGCUGAGUUAUAUGCAGUAUUAACCAAACAAAAGAAUUGCUAAAAGUGAUCAAUUUUAA